AUGGACCUCAGUAAAGAGGUUAUUGGAGUCCCAGCUGGCACUGUGGUGCCUCAGGAACUGCUGGAAGAAAUGGUUUGGGUUUUUCGUGUAGAAGAUGGGUCUCCUUGGAAUUAUUCCAUCCUUGCCCUGGCGGCUGUGGUGGUGGUCAUAAGCCUUGCCCUCCUGGGAAGGAGCAUCCAGGCAAACAGAAAUCGAAAGAUGCAGCCACAAGAAAAGGUAACACCAGAAGCCCUGCAUUUGGAUGAGUCCAAAACCAAAGAAAACAACAGCCUAAAUAACCUAACAGAGAUGCUGCUCUCAGGAAAUCCAAACUUGGCCCAGGUGGGACCUGAGUUAAAAGAGAAAGAUGUCUCAACGGUCCUCCUUCCAGAUCCAUCAGAAACUGAGAUCCAGUGA